UGUGAAAGUCUCGUCGCAUGUGAUUAAAAAACUGUACAAUGUAGAAUGUAGAGAGUGUUGAUUAAGUACUAAAUACGUUUUGCUUUAAUUGAGUCAGAUUGAGUGUUCAUUUUAGGGUUUUAUCUUGGAUGAAGAGCAUUUCGUAGAUUUAGCCUGCGUAGCUUGGCGAUUUUAAGCAAAGCCUUAAUGAGCGGCGAAGCCGCGAGGAGCCUGGGAGAUAGACAACUACUCAGACGCGUGUCCACAAUCAGAAGAUUUCCCCUCUCACCCCUGCUCGGGAAUUUUAAAUCUCUGUCUGUACUGUUAAUGUUACUACAAAUAGACGCCCUUUGAGAGUCUGGGUAGCACAGACGACGCCCGUCUCGUUUCGAUUUGUUGCUGGUUGCUAAGCAUGGAAGAUCAUGGAAUGUGUAAAAGACUAUCUACUUUCAAAGUAUUUCAGUCCUUUUGGCUACAUCGUAGCUCUGUCCUAUCUUCCAGCUUUAGUGAUAUUUGCUGGAUACACGGGACAUCUGAGAACCAGCGAACGUCGAACAUUUCGCUGUCCUUCUUCUCCCGAAUCUCGUGACGACUGUUUGAGGAAAUAUGACGAGCAGUAUAACUCUCCUUUUCCACUCUAUGGAUUUGUCCUUUUAUGUUUCGUUCCUCUUUUGGCUGUGUGCAUCGCUUACUCCUGGUGCUUUGUUAAAUCGCGAGUUGAUGAGCUAGAAACCGCACUGAAAGCAAAUCCAGAAAACCCUCGCCCUCGACCAACAGUGACAACUCGUCGAGUGUUUUAUUCCUACUGUCUUCAUCUGCUUGUCCGAUGCAUGUUAGGGAUCUUGUUUACAGUGUUGCAGAACUGCGCGCUUUAUUCAAAGGGCUUUCCUACAGAGUUUAUCUGCGUUUCACCGACCGUAAAGCCUACAGUCAAUUCCACAGUACUGAAUACGACUAAACAUGAUGCCACAGCCACGAUAAACUGUGACAAUUCUGUUGGAUCUGACAACGCUACCUGUGCGAUGGGAAUUUGCGCAGUUAACAUUCUGUUCGCUAUUCUGGUGUUUGUAGAGUUGUGUUAUCUUUCGGUGCGAGCACUACAAAGUGAAGAAUUCACAUUCGACUCCAAAUUUUGUCAAAAGUACCUUUUCAACCAGAGCGGAACUGCAGUCACUCUGCGUGAGACGAUAUUGCGCAUGAAGAGACAAGUGCGUGAAGAGACAGAAUUUUUGGAACCUUUGAUUCCUCAUCCCGAAAACGAAAACAAAAGUCUGUUGGAUGACAUUUUCGUCGAUCUUGUUAUUUACACGGGAAGAGCGAUACACGAAUUUACUGACUUGUCGAAAAGACACGAAAUAUUUGAGAUCUAUUUGAAGCCCCAACGUGGAUCCAUUCCUAUAGGGAAACUUGGCGAGUUAUUUCAUCCUAACGAAGAUACCAAAUGGCAAGAUCCUCGCAAAAUUCUGAUAAUCGGUCGCCCAGGCAUCGGAAAAUCGUUGCUAUGUAAAAAAUUGUCGCGUGACUGGAGCAAGGGUGACCUCUUGCGUGACGGUAACCAAAGCUUCAAACAUUUGUUCAUGUGCCAAUUUAGAUGGUUCAAUUCUGAGACAUCCACGAAUAUUUCUCUCAAACAUCUAUUGAGUCGUGUAGUUUCAGAAGGGAGUAUUGACAAUGACGUUUUGCAGGACUUGUUGGAUCACCCUGAGAAAGUUCUACUUAUCUUUGAUGGCCUAGAUGAAUUUAAGCACCAUGAGAACUGUUUGGAUGACGAGAGAGCACAAGGUGGAAAUAGUCCAACAGAGGAGAUGCCAUUCUCUGCCCUGUAUAUGAAACUAAUGAAAGGAAAACAGCUUCCUGGAGCCACAGUUCUGACAACUUGUAGGCCAAAUGUGGUACAGAGUCUUGCAGGGCUGCAAUUUGACCGAAGAGUGGAGAUAAUGGGAUUUACACCAGAGAAGGUUCAGGAAUAUGUAUACAAUUUUUUUGCUCGUGACAUUAAGACAAGGAAUAGAGUAUGGGGGCAUAUCAGUAGCAAUACAGAGUUGUUGUCCUUGUGUUACAUUCCUGUGAACAGUUUCAUUGUCUGUUCCAUUUUGAAAGAGUUGAUCAAACUGCAAGACACUGAUUCGGGAAGUGCAUUGCCCACAACUUCAACAGAGAUUUACAAUGGAGCAUUGAGGUUAUUUAUUUUCAAGUGCCACCCAGAAUUCAAGGGCAAACAGCUAACAGAGGAUUAUCUUGCAGGAAAUGUUGGCUUCUCAGAUUCUGUUGAAAAAACAUUAAGUCAAGUAGAAUCACUGGCAAAAACAGGGAUAGAAGAAAGGCGACUGGUGUUUGAUUCAACAGAAGUCAAGGGAAUUGAAGGCUGUGGCUUGUUCAACCGCAUGCCAAACCGUCAGAUCACACCUUUUAAACUUGAGCCUCAGUUCUGUUUCAUCCAUUUGACACUGCAGGAGCUGCUUGCAGCCAGAAAAGUUGCAAAGAUGAAGCCCAGUGAUCUCAGUGAUUUUAUCACUUCAANUUGUCAUUUAUACUGGAAGGGCGGAACAUGA